ACGUUUUCAUUUUAUUACUUUCAUUACCUCCUUUUUUGUUCUUUUUAAUCAUGUAUAUCAUUUCGAUCUGGGUAUUUUGGUUUUUUAUUACAUGCCAGUUACUUUUAGCCCGUGCAGAAAUAGAUUGCGGUCUGAUAAACAAAAAGAUUUAUUGUUAUAAUGGUCAGUAUGCUUCACUAUAUAGUCUUGAUGUUGUUAGUGAUACGCCAGUAUCAAUGCUUGAUCGCCAAUGGCAGCUACAGAACGUGUCUUUGAAUGACAAACGAGUAUACAGCACUUUUGUAACUAUUACAAGCGCCAACAGCUUAUUUGUCUAUGGAGGACUUGGUAUUGAUGCUAACAAGAGCCUCACCAACCAUGCAAUAGUAUACGAAGCCGAACCAAAUAUUUGGGAACGAAUCUCAAACUACACAAAUUCAAAGAACAAUACUAGCCGACAAAUAUUUUUGGCAGCAGCUGUUUAUGCGUCUAGAUUGGGUGCUGUUGUAUUUUAUGGUGGUCAUGAAAUGGUAUCCACCAACAUGUCUGAAUCAAGUAACGCAAGUGUUACCAGCGCGUUUGGCGUAUCUACACGUCAAGGAUUUGAGGUAGCUACAUUAUACAACUUAGGAACAGACACUUGGAGCACUUUUCUUAACCAAGCAAACCCAAUGGUAGGCUCUUACCCAAUUUUGCAAACAGCUACAUUUCAUCCAUCAACCGGAAAGAUUUUCUACUUGGGUGGAUGGUAUAUCUCAGCUACAAUAUCUCCAGCAUCUUUUGCUUACGGCAUGGUUUUUAAUACGAAUAAUGGGAUGUGGUCAAAUAUAUCAUUUGGAGGCAAAGCGCCAUCACCAAGAGACGGUCAUACAGCAACACUAUUGCCUAGUGGAAAUGACAUAUUAUUGUACGGCGGAUCUCUUAAUUCUACUGUAGCUCUAUCAGAUUUUUGCUAUUCAUUGAAUCUAGAUAACAUGUACUGGACAGAGCACACAGAAUUAUACGAUAGUAAGGCUUCAGGGAUAAGAACACGACAUUCAGCUGUAUUGAUAGAUCAAACGCUUUUUAUAUUGUUUGGCAUAGACUCAAACGGCAACAAGCUUAGUAAUAUGCUUGCAGUUAAUGUUUAUGAUCCAAAUUCAUUAUCUUUUUCAAGUGCGUUUCAUACAAAUCGCAAGAAUUUGUCCGUAGGUGCUAUUGUAGGCAUUGUAAUUGGAUCCGUUGUCGGUUUAGCUAUUGUUCUUAUCCUAAUUAUAUUUUAUUUGAGAAAAAAGCUAGCACGAAGCAAAGAUGAGAGCAUGCUUGCUUCUGCGUUCCAAAAAGAAGUUGUCGAGUUGGAAAAUUGGGAGAAAAGCGAGAUUUCGGCUGAAGCAAACCAGCAGCAGCCUGUUCAUGUUGAGCAAGUUGAAAUUCUUGCGCAAGAUGAAGACCAUACUUUGGCUAUAACAGCAAACAAUAGCUCUAUAUCAGUUCAAGAGAAAAAGACAUCAGAGUAAAUGCCUUAUUGUAUGGUUUGUAAAUUAUAGUUUCUCUAAUUAAACUAAUCAGUAAAUAAGAAUAAGCACUUGUGCUUUCAAGUUUCAUUUCAAAACGAGGCUGAGCUUGUAUUACAGAAUAACUCAAGAACCACAAAACCACUGCUGCUUUUAAUUUGUUUUAGUCAACAGUUUUUUUCUUAUGAUGGGACCUCUUUUAUGCACAAAAAAAAA